UCUACCAGCCUGGUUUUGGUAAACCGCAGGUGGACAGAACCAGAGAUGGAUUCAGAAACAGGCGACCAUGAGUGACCAAGUCACCAGCACCUGUGCACCGAGGGAAUUCCUCUUCCCCUGCCCCAGCCGCCUCCAUCACAAGCAUGCUUUCUCCUUCCCUCACUCCUACCUCAGUGAUUCAUAAGAUACACGAGAGCAAAGAGAAAAGCAAGCAGGAGCCAGCAUCUGAAUCAGCCCUUGGUGACAGUGAAGAGGACACUCAGAAGCCCAGUGAACAGAACCUCCUGUCAUCCAGGUCUGUGCCCACCGCUGAUCGAGACUCUUCUCCCACCACAAAUCCCAAACUGUCAACCCUACAGUGGUUUACAUCUUCCACCCCACUAUCCCAGACCAAUUGUUACACCAAAGAACAGAAUUAUCGACCUAAAGCAACUGGGAGAAAAACACCCACCUUGGCAUCCCCAGUUCCAGGAACACCUCUUCUCCACCCUGCCCACCAAGUCCCCCUUGUCCCCCAUGUCCCCAUUGUUCAGCCUGCUCUCCAGCUUCACUCAGGGUUGGUCCAAAGGAUGCUGGCCCAGGGAGUACAUCCACAGCAUCUUCCAAGUUUGCUCCAAGCUGGUGUGCUUCCUCCUGGGAUGGACCUGAACCAUUUGCAGGGAAUAGCUGGCCCAAUCCUGGGUCAACCCUUUUACCCUUUACCUGCCACUAGUCACCCUCUCCUAAACCCUCGUCGCGGGACACCUCUGCAUCUGGCAAUGAUGCAACAGCAGCUACAGCGCUCAGUUCUUCAUCCUCUAGGAUCUGGUUCCCAGGCAGCUGCUGUCAGCGUUCAGACGACUCCUCAGAAUGUGCCCAGCUGGUUAGGCCUGCCCCACGUGCACUGCCAGCUACAGCACCGCCCCAGCCAGAGAAGCAGCCCUCCCGUGGGGCUUGCCAAACGGUGUGGCUCAGAUGUGCUACAGCAGCCUCUGCCCUCCAUGCCCGCCAAAGUCGUCAGUGUAGAUGAAUUGGAGUACCGACAGCGAGCAGGGCAGCAGGCUUGCCUAAGCAGCUUCUCGCGGCACCCUGGUCAGGACUCUGCUUCCUCAUCUCAUGUUGGUUUAUGGGCUCUUACUUUGUAG